CCCGGCAGCCUUACUAUGCGUCACUUCGCCUCUCUUCAGUCGUUGAUCAUGGCGGAGCCGGAGCCACAGCGCGAAGUAGAGCCUCAACUUCUCAAUGGAGGCGACUUGCAAGACGAGGAAAGAGAGGAAGCGGACCCCUGCGAAGCUGUGAAAAAAAGGAGAAGAAAGAAGAAGAGGAACAGGACGCAGGUGCCAGUAUGUGACUUUGCAGCAGGGACAAAGGAAGCAGAGGGGGACUGUGGAGAAGCUGGAGGUGUUGGUGAAGUAACAGCACAGCUGGAGCAGCAAACCUUGGAGGAGAAAGAGAGGCCUGAGGAUGCAGAAGAAGAUGGUGAUGAAGGGGAAAACUCAGCCGCCAAAAAGAAGAAGAAGAAAAAGAAGAAGAAAGGAGUGAAGGGACAGACUGACCCUCCCUCAGUACCUAUUUGUGAGCUCUAUCCCAACGGUGACUUUCCAAAGGGAGAAGAGUGUGAAUACCCCCCAUCGAAAGACGGACGCAGCGCAGCGUGGCGGAAGACCAGCGAGGAGAAGCGGGCAAUGGACCGGGCGAACGAGGAGAUGUGGAGCGACUUCCGGCAGGCGGCCGAGGCCCACCGACAGGUGCGCUCCUAUGUCAGGAGCUGGAUCAAACCGGGGAUGACCAUGAUAGAGAUCUGUGAGAAGCUGGAGGAUUGCUCCAGGAGGCUCAUUAAAGAAGACGGGCUGAACGCCGGCUUAGCUUUCCCAACUGGAUGCUCCAUCAACCACUGUGCGGCCCACUACACCCCAAACGCAGGAGACCCCACCGUGCUGCGCUACGACGAUGUCUGCAAAAUUGACUUUGGAACACACAUUAAUGGUCGAAUAAUAGACUGUGCAUUCACCGUCACUUUCAAUCCAAAGUACGACAGACUUCUGGAGGCUGUGAGAGACGCAACCGACACUGGAAUAAAGUGUGCUGGAAUAGAUGUGCGUCUGUGCGACGUCGGUGAAACCAUCCAGGAGGUCAUGGAGUCUUAUGAAGUGGAGAUAGAUGGGAAAACGUAUCAAGUCAAACCAGUCAGAAACCUUAACGGCCACUCGAUUGGACAGUACAGGAUACACUCAGGGAAGACUGUUCCUAUUGUGAAAGGCGGAGAGGCAACCAGGAUGGAGGAAGGUGAAGCUUACGCCAUCGAGACGUUUGGCAGCACCGGAAGAGGCGCAGUCCAUGACGACAUGGAUUGCUCUCACUACAUGAAAAACUUUAAUGUUGGACAUGUGCCGAUAAGACUGCCAAGGGCUAAACACCUGCUGAACGUCAUCAAUGAGAACUUCGGCACGCUUGCCUUCUGCCGGCGCUGGCUGGACCGCCUGGGUGAGAGCAAAUACCUGAUGGCGCUGAAGAACCUGUGCGACCUCGGCAUCAUAGACCCGUACCCGCCUCUGUGCGACAUCAAGGGCAGCUACACCGCCCAGUACGAGCACACCAUCCUUCUCAGGCCCACCUGCAAAGAGGUAGUUAGCCGAGGAGAUGACUAUUAACCCUGCAGCAAAGAGCCUGGACCUGGAGGAGCAUGGCAGCUGAGCCACAACGAACCACUUCAGACUGACAGCAGCUAUGCAAAGUCUCUCUGACCUAACUUUUCACCGCUUGAAUCCCUUUAGGUACAGUGCCUUUAAAAGUAUUCAUAGCUCUAGAGCUCGCUACCAUUUGGUCACGUUUCAACCACUAAUUUCAGAGCAUUUUAUUUGGGUUUUGUGUGACAGAUUAAAAAAGGUGUAUCAUUGUGAAGCAGGAAGACUGUUUUUAGAUUUAGUUAUUUUAUUUUUAUUUUUACUGAUUUUUGGUAAGUUUAAAAAAAAUGGAAAUCAAAUUCUAAAUGGAAUAUUCUGUUGAACCACCUUUUGCCACAAUUGUAGCUGCUAGGUCAGGGGUCGGCAACCCAAACUGCUCAAAGAGCCAUAUUGGACCAAAAA